CCGCCUCUCCGCAGCGGCCGGCGGUGGCUUAAAGGCGGCGGCGGGAAGGCGGUGCGUGGUCGGUUUCGUCGCCCUCGCCCCCGCUCGGAUUGUUCGUAGUCAGAAACAGGCCCGCAGAGGGAGCGAAGAUGUCCGUGGACCCGAUGGCCUACGAGGCCCAGUUCUUCGGCUUCACGCCGCAGACCUGCAUGCUCAGAAUCUACAUCGCGUUUCAGGACUACCUGUUCGAGGUGAUGCAGGCCGUGGAGCAGGUUAUCCUGAAGAAGCUGGCCGACAUGCCAGGCUGUGAGAUCAGCCCCAUCCAGAUUCGCAAAUGCACCGAGAAGUUUCUUGGCUUCAUGAAAGGCCGUUUCGAUAACCUUUUUGGCAGAAUGGAGCAGCUGUGUCUGCAGCUGGUCCUGCGCAUCCCCCCGCACAUCCUGCUUCCGGAAGAUAAGCCUCAGGAGAAGCAUCCUUGUACUGAGGAAGAAUUCCAGCUUCUCCAGGAAGAAAUCGAACAGCUGCAAGAGAGGUAUAAGACUGAAGUCGGCGCUAAGCAGGCCCUCCUCGCAGAAUUAGAGGAACAAAAAAUCAUUGAGGCCAAACUUAAACAGACAUUGGCUUUCUUUGAUGAGCUGGACAACUCCGGCAGAAAUCAGGGGACUAGUGACUUUAGGGAGAGCUUGGCGUUCCUGGUCCAGAACUCCAGAAAACUCCAGACCAUCAGGGACACUGUGGAGAGGGAAAGCAAAAGAAUGAAAAUAUCUUAAUUUCUCAGGAGGCACAGGAGCUCGUGGGAAAGCAGAACAGCAGGGAUUUCUGUCCCGACACUCUU